CCGGCCCGUUUCCUCUCCACCACAGACCAGGCCCGUAAACACCUGGUGCAUCCUGCUGCCCACAACAAACUCUCCCUCCACGCCCGGACGCCAGAUGGACACCAAAAGCAACACAGCCAUUCCGCCAGCCAACCAGCCAGCUAGCCAGCCAGCCCCGGACCGCCUCCGACUCAUCGGCCGCUUGCAGCUGGCCCUGUCAGCUCCACCAUGGCACAGUUGGCCGCGUCCCCAGUCCGCCAACACGUCCAUGUGGGUGCCGUGCUGGGAUCCCGCCCAUGGUCGUCUGUCUUGAUCUUGCCCUCACCUUCGUGCCCUGCACCGUCUGGAUCGGGCUGACCCUGACGCCCGGUGCCACGAUGCCAGAUCGUGCAACCCGAUGGCCGUUUGUCUUUUGGGCUAGCUUCAUCGCUCGUCUCCAUGCUCGACGGUUGCAAAGCAGUCGCGCCGCAAACAUGACCACGUACUACGUCCCAUCCGCUCUCAACCGGCCUGCCGACCCCGGACCAGGCUCUUGGAAAACUCCCUUCCCUGGCAAGCCGAACUUUUGCCGGCCCCUCGUAGCUCCAAGCGUUGCUGUCGUGCACGCCGUUUUCUGUCACUUCACCAUAGCUCCACGCACAGCCAGAUCGUGCCGCCAGACCUGGUGUUCGGGACCAGAUGGCCUCUACUAGUGUCCGCUUCUUUUGCAGCCCCAGCAGCCAAUCGGGCUGUUUUUUUUUGCACAGCCUCGUCAAUAACAUCACGCCGUUCAGCCAGCAAGACAGAGGCUGGCCAUGUCCAUCAUCAAUCCGCCUACCCUGUAGAGCAACAUUGCUUCUCUUUUGAGCACACUCCAUAGUUGCACCAGAGAGCCUAUCCCCCCCACAUCACUGCACACCACCCAAGUAGCUCGACAAUUCUUUUGGCAUGGAGCUGAUCGUAUUGCCAGUUUGGCUGUCAAGCUACCUGCUUACUAUGUCACCAUCACCUCACCGCCGAGUCGUUGUCGACGCCUACAGGGCCUAGAGCGAUGUACAGAGCACAUUGACGGACCUACGCC